AUGCCCCAUCGUCUUCUCGGCGAUUUGAGAGUCGUAGAGCUCCGUAAGGAGUUGGCGAAGCGUGGAGUUGAUAGGAGUGGUAUGAAGCCAGUUCUAAUGGAGCGCCUUAAAGAAAUUAUUUUAAAAGAAGGUCGCGACCCAUUAACAUAUGAUUUCAGCAAACCCGAUGAAGUUGAAACAGUCGUGGCCAUUGAAGAUGGCGAUGCUAAGUCGGAAACCCCGAUUGAUGAUGUCCUAACUGAAGUAAUAAGUUCAUCCGAUAAUAAAAUUAUGAAUUUCUGUGAAGCCAAUGACAAUGAGGAAAGGACUGAAUCUCAUCUAACAGCCGUAUCGGAGGGUUCUAUCGGCCUACCAGAGCCUUUAGAGCUUGAAGACAGGGCAAAGGAAGACGCAGCCGAUCAAAUUGAAGACACUACCACAUUCGUGGUCGGUGUUGGGGAGACAGAGAAUGAUUUGGACUAUGAUAUAGAAGACCCACAGACUCUUUCCCAUGAACAAACGAAAGAAUCCACAGAGAAACAAAUAUCUAAAGGGGAAGAGCCAAAGGAAUCGGUUGAAUCUAUACUAGAGGACAGGUUUGUCAUCCCCCUUGUAAGAUUGCAGGCCGUCAAUACCAGUAGUAGUCAGGUAGAGGAAUCAAAGUCCCAGGAUAAGUCCUCAGAUAAAUCACCAAGUAAAAUUAUUGCCUCUGCAAGCGCCCUUACUUUCCUUCGAGUGAGCAAUUUGAAACCCGUAACAAAAGCGGCGGAUUUAAAACAACACUUCAGUGUUUACGGCAACGUUAUUUCUGGGAAAAUCUUGGUGAGUAAACGAAGACCCGGUGGCUGUGUUGGAUUCUUGACUCUCGCUACUCCAGAAGAUGCUACAAUGUGUAUCAAGAAAUUUGAUGGAACAGAGUACAAUGGUAGAACUAUUAGAGUCGAGAAGACAGAACAAAUUCCAAAUGCUCCUCAAAAGGAAUCAUUAAUCUUGGAAAAAAGUCGCCUUUCCGCUACUGGAAAUCAAACUCCAGUCAGUUCUACGUUAUCAUCAAAUCCAAGACGUCUUCAUACUGGAGGUAAACGACCCGAUUCAACCCGUCAUGCAAAAUCCACUACUUCUACCUUGGCUAAAUCUCAAUUAAAGCGUACGCUUCAAAAAGCUCGCGAUAUUGUGAGUUCUAAAACAAGGAAUAGCUUUUCACGACCUCGUCCUAGAUCUCCGUCUCGAAAAAUAUCUCGAAAACUGGAACACAAAUUACGGAACUCUAGGGAGGAGAAACUUUCUCGUCCAAAAGCACUCCCCCGACCUAGAGAGUCUUAUCUGAAUCCAAGUCUGAAAUCAAGUCGUCGCAGAUCACCUCGGCGUAGAACACCACCGUUACUUCCUUCUCGUGUUCGCUAUGUGGGACGAGAGCAUCCAACUCGCUUUGAGGAACCUGUUCGACAUUCUUAUUCUGAGAAAGAAAGCCUGAGAGAAUCUUACUCAAGCAAACCCAGGAGAGAGGAGUUUUAUGAUGAGUCACGCUAUGACAAUGGUUAUUAUCGUCGUGAGCCCGGGUAUUCUUAUUCUCAAGGAGAGGAGUUAUCCUCUCGACAUUAUUCCUCUAAACCCCCUGUUGUGUACAGACGUCGGGAAGAGGAGGAAAUCCCACUGAGAUAUUUUAUGACAGAACGCAGGGUUAGACCACGCUAUCAGGAGGAUGAUAGAUUUGAGAGUUCUGUUCGGUAUGAACGUUCUCAGGAUUAUCAACUCCCUUCUCACAAUGAUCGCUAUUCUCUGCCUGCCAUUGAAAGUCGAUCCUACGGCAGUAGUAAUAAACGCUAUCGAAGCUGUGCCAGAUCUUCUAGAGAUGAUCGUCCUUCAACUUCAAGCAGACGACAUGAAGAUCCGGAUAUUAGCUGGCAAGUUCAUUUCAUGAGUUCUUCUCAUUCUACAUCUCGAAGACGACUCGAGUUGGAAACGAGGUCUCCACUAAAACGACCAAGGUCACCGAGGAGGUCACGUUCACCUCCGCGUCAUCGUUUGCCUCGUGAGUUGAAUGAGUCGAGAAGUCCUGUUCGGUACUCGAGGCGACUAUCACCGUCAGCACCGCCAAUAAUUGAGAGGUCUCAAAGAAGUCGAAAUGAUGAUUAUGCCCACCACCCUGCGCCUCCUCUAUCCCAACAUCAAAUGUCAUCAUCGGCAUAUCCCUAUUCACGCCGCUCUGGUGGGAAUGAUCGGUCUAGUUAUUCAAACAUGAUGGCAUCGAUUCCGCCCCAACAUGAACCCAGAAGAACCGAAAAGGUCUUUGACUAUGGGCAUAAGCCGAGCUCAGCUGCGAAAUACAAUUGGAAUGAUACUACCCAAUCUCGAUCGAGGAGUGGGGCUGGGUACGAUUCGACGUCUGUAGGAGGGUUUUCCGCCAAUGGGACAGCGGAUUGUAACCUAGGGGGCGUAGGAAGAAGUGGAGAUGCUGCUGACUAUGGUGCCUCCCGUUGGUCACUCAUGGGCAACCCGCCAAGGCCACCCCGCUAUUAA